UUGACAGUCUUAUAAAAUUUUGGAACAAAAAAAAUCGUUUGCUUGGUUUGCUAGCUAUGUGACUAUGUCAAAUAGUUUAAGUUGUAUUUUGUAUUUUUAGGAAAAUUGUGAUUGCAACUGUUCUAUUGUAACAUAAAAUUGUCAUGAAAUCGUUUUGUGAGAGAUGAGUGUCUUUGGGGAUUUUCAACGUGUGUGGGUGCAACGUUUUCCAGACAGUACUUUACCAGCAGCUUGGGAGGAAGAUGUCAGAGCCAAUUUGGCUAAACAUAAACAGAAAGUCGCUAUAUUACGAGAAGAGCUUGAGAAGGAGGAAUUUUACGUGGAAUACCUUGAAACUUUACUAUCAGAUGUAGAGAAACACAAGGCAGCCUCUCUGCCCAGUAAAGUGGCGCCGCCCUCAGGUACUGACACGAGCGACGAUAAGACUUUUGAUAGCAAGCAGGGUUCCAAUACUAAUUCUUUAUCUAAAAAAAGUGAGGGCAGUAUUAGUAAUAAAAGUGAUGACUCAGCUGAGGGGUUAGAUGUAGAGGAGGAAAAGGUGCCUUUACGAAAUAGACCUAUAAACUUUGCUGAAAGAAGUUCUGUUAACCAAUGCAUCAAUGAGCUCUCUUCCAAUCUUGCUGCAGAAGCAGCUAGACGGCGUUGUAAUAGUGAGAUUGUCCAGAGAACAGAAAAAGAAGAUAAUGGUGUUGAAUCAAUAAAUUUCAUACAAGCUAAGAACCGUCCAGCAUCACAAGGUGGUGAUUUUGUAACAGUGAUUGAGGUGAAUGGCCUUAAAGCUGCUGAGAAUGCUGCCAAGAAACAAGAUGAGUCACCCCAGACCUCUGAAAGUAGUUCAACUGAUCCUGCUAUUGCUUCUAAGAAAAAAGUACCACCAAAACCCCCACCAAAAGUGUUCAGCCGACGAGGUGCUUCUUUACCAGAGAGUGGCUUACCAGAGGACAGCCCUCCAUCCAGCUUGGGCAGGAGGAUGAGGAAAUCUGAUUCAAGAGAAUCUAUUGCUAGUCGUGGGUCUACACCAUCUAUAAGUGAAAGAGUAAAAAGCUAUGAGUCAAUAAAUUCACUGUCAUCUGAGAGGAAACGUUCUGGUGGAGCAGCUACACCUCGAUCUAUUGAUGAAGAAGUUACAUCAACUACUCCAGACUUUCCUGUAGGCAGUGAUGAUAAAUCUCCACCGAUUUCUCUUGAGAGUAUUCCUGCAGUUGUUCGUAGCUCUGAGGAUGAACCCUAUUAUGAUCAAGUGCCAGUGGACAUAAAUGAUGGAGAAUAUGUUUAUAUACAAGCAGGGGGUGCAGGAUCAAGUACAGAAGACGGCUCGAGUGGCACAAGCACCCUCGCCAUGGUACCUAGUGCCCCUACGGCCCCUUCAGCGCCAACAGCCCCUGUCGCACCUGAUUCACCUUUGUGCGCGACGGCUCCUAACUAUGUCAACAUACAUUAUUUCAUACAGCAUGGCGUGGACGGUGCAGAGGCAAGUGAAACGAGUUCAGAAAUAACGGAAUCGAAUGAUACACCACUAUUGCUUCGAACUAUUUCUUCAGACACGGAGGCCAGCGCAACUCCUCCGGUGUUAAGGAAACUACAGCAUCAGGAAUCCAGUAAUAAUGCAGAAGCGGAACGUCUUACGAUGCACCGUUGUAUCGUCACAAGUAUUAUUGAAAGUGAAACCGUAUACGUCGAAUGCCUAUAUGUUAUGGAAAAGUACAUGAAUGCGAUAAAGGCAACUCUAUCUACAUCUCAACCUGUGAUAACUGAAGAGGAAUUUGGUACUAUAUUUUACAAGAUAUCCGAAUUGCACGAACUUCAUAAGAGUUUUCUGGAAGGGCUCAAAUCGGCUGUUGCUAGCUGGGAGGAACCUUUGUGUGUUGGUGUUCAUUUUAAGAAAAUGGCUGAGAAUAUUAACGUAUACGGCGCCUUUCUCCAUAACUACGGGCGCGCUACGGAUGCGGUGCGUCGUCGUUGUGCGAGUUCGCAGCGUUUUGCGGACUUAACUAGACAGAUUGCGUGUAGAGGGCAGCCCAUGUCACUCGACGAUUUAUUGCACAAACCAGUCGCAAGGGUGCAGAAGAAUGCUCUUGUUUUGCAUGAUCUCAUAAAGUAUACCCCGGCUAGUCACCCUGACCACGCGAUGUUAACUGAAGCUUUAAAUAUGACGCAGCACUUUUUGGACGAAUUUAAUAUUAUACAAACCAAAUCUAUGUUUCCUAAUGCUGAUCGCGCACAAAGAAGACUUGUAAAGAAUUCCUUUAUUGUGGAAUUGACAGAUGGACACAGGAAGUUACGUCAUCUAUUUUUAUUCAAUGAUGUUAUAGCAUGUGCUAAAUAUAAGGCCGCCGGUCGAGAUAAAUUCACGUUCGAGUUGAAAUGGUUCAUACCGCUACCGGAUAUAGUGGUCGUGGAGGAAGAUGGCAGUUCCGCGGAGAGGGAGACGUCGCCAGCAAACAUAGUGGCGCUCAAGUCGCAGGCCUGCACUGUACGAGACCAGAUAUUAGCCGAGGAGCGGGCUUUGCAGGAUGAUAAGAAAAUAAGGUUAGGCGGUCGUGGCUCAGCAGAGAAGCAGCGUAAAAAGCUAGCAGAGUUAGAAGGGCAGUUGGUUCUGGCUAGUCCCAAUCUUAUAUUCCGCAUCGCUGCGCGUGCGCCAGCAUCUACCGCACUACAGCGACAACAUGUCUUCUUCCUCAGUUCGGAGUAUGAAAGAACGCAGUGGAUUGACUCUAUACAUGCGCUACAGGCAUCAUCGGCGCCGCCCGCUGGAUCCAACACGGUCUCCAUGUUGGAACUACAAAGCUGGGUGACGGCUUGUCGCAGUUACUUACAAACUGACAUGGGCUCGUACUUGUUGCGCAGUGGACGGGAUGACUCCUUACUUCUGGGUGAUUUACAGCUACACAUUGGUGGAAUGACCGCUCCCCUCGACACUGCCGCUGACUACUAUAUCAUCGUAGAGGUGGAUUCUUAUGGGCAUUAUUUCCGCAAGGCUAAGUCAAAGUUGGUGUGUAGAAGUGCUCAACCGCGUUGGAACGAAAGCUUUACUAUUGACUUGGAGGGCUCUCAGAAUUUGAGACUGCUUUUAUACGAAGAUGCCGCUAGGCCGGUUCUUAGAGGAAAAUGUACGGUGAAGUUAUCGCCCGAAUGGGUGGUAGAAAGCGCUGCGGGUGGGGUCUCUAGAACAGUGUGCGUGGGAGGUGGCUCGUUGCCUCUUCGUUUGAAAUUGUUGCCUCCGGAACGCUCUGCGCGGCAUGUGCCUAACUCCAAGUCUGGUGCGCUUUUCGGUGCCAAAAUCACGCAUGUUGCCAAACGUGAGAAGCGCAACAUUCCUUUCAUAAUAAGUGCGUGCAUACGCGAAGUCGAGAGGCGUGGCAUCCAUGAAGUGGGCAUUUAUCGAGUUUCCGGCAGUGCUUCAGACCUCAACCGGCUUAAGAAGAGCUUCGAAACUAAUGCCUAUGAAGCAGAGCAGCUAUUGAAAGAAGUUGAUAUACACAGUGUAACCGGUGUACUUAAAUUAUACCUACGAGAACUGCCUGAAGCCUUAUUCACUGAAGCUCUCUAUCCGGAGCUAUUGAAAGCUUGGGGUUCCACUCAGGGCGUAGGCACGUCGGUUGACUCGGGCCCCGCACACACGCGACGACACGCUCUUCUCAAAUGUUACGCACAGCUUCCGGAUCUCAAUAAAAAUUGCAUUGAUUUUCUGCUCAACCAUUUUGUUAAAGUAAAUCAACACGAGACAGAGAACAAAAUGUCUUUACACAAUUUGGCAACGGUGUUUGGACCUACAUUACUUCGGCCAUCAACCAGUGCCCCUGGUGCUAAACAACGUACCGACCUCUUAGCCGCAGGAACCGUAGACGCUAUGGCCCAAGCUGGUAUACUCUAUUGUCUAUUACAGCAGAGACAAUUGGCCGCGCAAUUGUCCUCGCACCAUAGAGCUCCAACGCUUCUAGAUUAACAAUUUGCUGCUAAAUCGCGGAAUUACCACUUGAGAUUGUGAUCCAAGAGAAGCGGUGUUAUGAUUUUUGCCGCAACUGACUUUCUUAUAUUCAUACUCCAAUCAGCAUGCUCUAUCCAAUUUCACUUUACAAGUUAGAUAAUUAAUUCAGAAUUCCUAAAAGUAUUUGUUACAAAUAUAUUUUUCAUUUGCAUUUUAAAUCAACAUAAUUAAAGAGAAAAAUAAAUGAACCUCGAAAGUAGGUUUGCCUUCUAAAAUACUUUUUUGGCCAGUCCAUUGUUUACUGUUUACCGCCAUCUCUAAAGUCCAUGUCUUAUUACCUGGAUUAGACUUUUUACAAAGUAACUCAUUGGGUCAUUUAAUCGCCGACGCAAACAACGUUUUGAAUAAAAUAGUGAUUUUUUGUAUUUUAAAUUUGGUAUUUUAAAGCGAUUAAGUAAUUUUCUGUGCCCAGUGCUGGGCCUUUAGCUGACAUGAGAAAUAUUAUUGCGUGUGUUUUGGUUUCCUCUGUGUGUGUUGUCUUUGUAAGUAAAGUAUACAUUCCAUUUAAAAAAUAUAACAAAAAUGUGAAUGAAAUCAAAUCAAAAAUCUGAAAAAAAAUAUUAUUUAAAAAUUGGCAUUGUUCACAACAUGAACAAAUUGUGAUUUUUAAUAUUGCUAUAUGGAAUGUGGAGAGACAUAAUUAAAUAAGUGAAAAAUAUUAUAUAAAAUGGCUUAUUAUCCUUAGGCCAAAAUUGGUGCUAAAUAUUCAAUUGAAAUUUCGAAAUUUUAUAAUGCAAGGACAAUGCCAAUAAAUAAUAGAAUUCAGUGUGUAUGACAAGUAUUAUGAAGGGACCGAAAGAAAGUCACGGUUAGUGUUAACAAAAUAUAGACUGAUAAAUAAUUAAACUGUUGUGGAAGGAUGUUUCCUGCAAAUAAAUGAAAAUUGCUUUAAUGCUUAGACAUUUAAUACAGAUAAUUUCAAUGUGCAGCAAUUUUCAGUGCUAGUCGUGUGUAUUUACUUUAUUUUUUUACCACUUCUAGUACUUUAUGUUUAGUUGUUAGUUUCUCAUAUGUAUUUACAACUCAUUCUUUUUGCUAAGUUAGUACUUAAAGACAACCAAAAAUGGAUUUUUGUAGAACAAAGUUUAUUUCAUUUGUAAUGAUUUUGUUAUUAUCUUAAAACUUAACAAUCUAUUUGUUGAAUAAUAUUAUAUAAUUAUAUUUAUGAUCACAUAGUGUUUAUAAGUUUUUUACUUGUUCAAAGAACUUCAAAUAUGUUUUCUUCCAUCACCAAAGACCCUAUGUACUGCAUCUUAAUUUACAUCAUUUCAUGUUGACAAUAUCCAGUAAUUACAGGUUUAUUAAAUUAAUAUAGUAACAAUAUUUAUUUGUAACAUCAAUAAUCAUGUGGAUGUGUAGAACAAAAUUGAAAUCACACCACCCAACGAAACCUUAAAAUUGGCACUUUAUUAUUUCUUCCAGUUAAAAAGUAUUUUUAAUUAAAGCAAUCCAUUAAAAAUUAUCAUGAUAUACAAAUAUAUAUAUUUUUUAAAACAUCACAUGAUUGCCAUAAAUUAUAUAAAACACGUUUCUUAUCUUAAUAUAAAAUGUAUACCACAAUGUAGAGGCCUACCUAGUUUUAAAAUAUCGCAAACAGUAGUAAUAUUAAUUGAUUUUAAGGAUAUAAAUGUACUUUCCUACCAUUCUAGCUUUAUCAGUGUCACCAUUAUUUUCUGACAGCUUUUACACCAAGUAAUACUAAGUCUGUAGUAUUUCACUUUUAUAAGAUUUUGCAGUAUUUGCAUAAACAUCAUAAUGCACUGGAUAUUAUUCGAAGGAAUUCUUGGUAGUGUUCAAAACUUGAAUUAAAAAAUCAUUAUUUAUCAUAAACACAUAAUUCUUAAUAUUAAAGGUGCCCAGUCCAGUGUAUUAUGGCUGUUUCCUUAACCUAUACUUAAUAUAAUUUAUACAUUAAGAUUAUAACACAACUUAUUUGGCAUAGGUAACAAGUAAGCAUUUUAAUAUGUUUUUAUGUUCAGGCAAAUUGCAUUUCAUGUAUUUAUUUUAAACACAGUGUUCUACAUUAGUCAAAUGAUAUAGUAGUCAUAUAUUGAAACUCCUUGUGUAUUAUUGUAAGUGGUACUGCAAAACAAAUAUUUUAAAUUCCAUAUAGACCAGUGAUAAAUAUUGAAAUGCCAAUAAAGCGGCCAAGUAAUUGAUUAUCUUUAAUAUUUUUUGUAUCAAAGCAGUUUUCAGCCCUGGUUACCCUCUCUCAUAAACAAUUAAAGAUUUUUGUUAUUGAGGUAUGUAGGAUAUUUAUAAGAUAGUUUGUAUUAUUUGGAUUUUGUAUUUAAUUUUUGUAUAUAAUUGAUACUAAAAUGUAGUUAUGAACCUUUCACAAUAAAUGUAUUUUUAAUACACCUUU